CGGUCUACACGUGGGGAGGAGAGGCUGACUUUCCACGGGGACACACGUUUGAAAACUCACAUUAUCAGUAUUGCUCUCAUCGUGGCGGCGCCGAGGACCCUAAAAUCCUGUGUAGCUGUUAGUGUCCUGAGGAAAUGCCGCUGAGGUUUCGUUCUGUUGUGCCCUACACGCUGCCCGGAGUCCUCGCACUGAUCGGCUGGUGGUGGUACAUCUCACGGAAGAAAGAGCGGCUCAUCAGCCAUGACAGCCCAGAGGGGCCUCCGACCGCGAUGGGCCUUAGAUCGUCCCCAGCAGAGGGUAGCAACGGUUUGGUGGAGAAAAGCACUGUAUCCCCCACAACUGACACAGAAAGCCACAGACCUCCAGAGGUCAGUGACCAGAGAACAGAGCAUGGAAAUAUUUCCCAGAUCCACGCCCAGGACUCUGCUGCAGCACCUUCGCUGACACUACGUUCUGAAGAAGCUGCGCCUCACCUCAGCAGAAUAACACAAGAGGAAGUCCAGAAAACUCUACAUUCGCCGGGCAAAGAAGACGCCCUGCAGGUGCCUCUGACAGACCAUAAAGACCCGGAGAAAAGCUCAACGCCUGCCCUGGAAAAAGAGCACCGUGUCAAAGCUCCAAUAACCACAGAGGAGGUCAUCUUGCCCUGCCAGUCUUCCAGGGUCACCAGCUCCUGCCCCACAACGACACACCUUUCUGAUGCAGAGAGGCCGGAGCCAGAAGGUGAAGUUGCAAAGCACCACAGCGCCGUUAGUACACAGGAUGAGGUGGCUGUUUGUGCAGUGACGCCAGCCAAAGUGUGCACGGUGAUCCCAUCAGAGGCCCGCUCUCUAGAGACACCCCCUUCAGCGCAGGAUUUCCACAUUGUAACCAGCACGCCUACCUCCCCGGCCCCAGCCUCCUCAGCCACGACCGCGACCCGAGACUCCGCCACCGCGUCGGAGACAUCGCAGGACAUCCAGGUACACAGCGGCCGCACAGAGGAGCAGGAUCUGGAGCUUCUGGCAGCUGGACUCAUAACUGAGGUCAUCUCGGCAGCCACCCAGGAGGUCCUCGGUGUCACCAGCUGCCAGGUCGCAGACAACAGCCAGCCCAGCUGCAGUAGCGGCACGCCAGUGGCUAGCGGCAGACUAUGCUCCCAACAGGAGCCAAUCACAGCAGCACAGCAGCACCACCAUCUACUGACAAGCCCCUCUCAGAUCGGAUAUGAGUCGAGAGAGGCCGCAGAGAAACAAGAGCAAGGGAUGCCCAACGGAUGCUCCGCGGCUCCAGUAUGGGAGCCUGUGGAGGUCAGCCACAGGGUUCAUCAGACGAACCACGCACAGAAAAGCCACUGGCUAACACCAUCGCACCAACCAGCACAAAGCACUCCUUUGCUAAACAUGAAACUGAAAGGCGAUGAAGGAGCCGCGCUGGCCGACGACUCGGCCUGCAGCACGUGCCACUCUGAGGACGGCAUCAGCAACGAGGACCUGCAGAGCAGCGCGUUUGACAACCAGAUGGACGCCGUCCAGGUUACAGACUUGUCAGCAAGAGAAGCCACAGAGUCUAAAUCGCUGGUUGAGACCGCCACCGAGGCGUCGGUUUUGGCUGAAGAAGACUCGGUUGAUGCCGUGUGUGAGAUAAAGAGGCUCAACGGGAUGGGCCUGAGGAACGGCGCUCAUGGGACAUGUGAGGUGGAGACGGACCAGUCUGGAGGCUCUGAUGUGAACAGUAUGGACUCGGUGGAUAGCGGCUGCACGAUGGGCGCCGGGGAAAACCAGAGUAACCACGCUGCCUCCUCCAGCUCUGACCUCAUCAUCUGGGAGAUCGAGGUGCCAAAGCAUCUUGUAGGACGGUUAAUAGGGAAACAGGGACGAUACGUGAGUUUCCUGAAGCAGAACUCCGGCGCAAAGAUCUACAUCUCCACGCUGCCUUACACACAGGAGUUCCAGAUCUGUCACAUAGAGGGUACGCAGCAGCAGGUGGACAAAGCUCUGUCCCUGAUUGGGAAGAAGUUUAAAGAUCUGGACCUGACCAACCUGUACGCUCCUCCGCCGCCACCGCUCACGUUACCGUCGCUUCCCAUGACCUCCUGGCUCCUGCUGCCCAGCGGAGUGACGGUUGAAGUGAUCGUGGUGAACAUCGUGUCGGCCGGUCACGUCUUCGUCCAGCAGCACACCCACCCGACCUACCACGCCCUGCGGAGCCUCGACCAGCAGAUGUUCCUCUGCUACUCCCAGCCGGGCACCCCCGCCCUGCCCUCGCCAGCCGAAGUUGGUGUGAUAUGUGCAGCUCCGGCGGUGGAAGGAGCGUGGUGGAGAGCUCAGGUCAUCACCUUCUACAAAGAAACCAGUGAAGUGGAGAUCAGAUAUGUGGACUACGGCGGCUACGACAGAGUGAAGAUCGACUCACUACGGCAAAUAAGGUCUGAUUUUGUAACACUACCGUUUCAAGGUGCUGAAGUGCUGCUCGACAACAUCGCUCCUCUCCCAGGAGAGGAUCGUUUUUCGCCGGAGGCCACGUCAGCGCUGGAGGAGAUGACCAGAGGAGUGGCGCUGCUCGCACAGGUCUCAAACUACGACAACAACACGGGCCUCCCGCUGGUCCACCUGUGGAACAUGGUCGGAGAAGAGGUGAUUUCGGUGAACCGUACGCUGGCAGAGAGGGGUCUGGGCGUUUGGGUGGAUGGAUUUUGAACUCCGAACACGCUCUGACCCCCCCACCCCCCCGCCCCUCCCUCCAGUCCCUUAUUCUCAUGUGAUCAGCAGUCUGGGACCCAGAUCAAGCUGGACUCCCAGUCCCACCCGACACCCGACACCCAACACACCACUGGAUUGAAGAAGAUUGUUUUUCCUUUUGUUUUUUUGAGUGUUUUUUUUUCGUUUGCCCCGCCCCCUCGUUCCUUUGAAAAGAAAUUAAAAAUUGUUUGCAGGCAUAAUCUACAAGAACAGCACUGCUUCAAAAUAAGACAACCUCCCCCUCGCGUUCUUGUACACAGAAAUAACUUAAAGAAGGAAAGGAAGAGGUACUUGUAAAAAAAAAAAAAAUAAUAAUGAUAAUAAUUUUUUAAAAUCUAUAUUGUAACUAAAUAAAGGUUCAACCAGUAUUUUUUUCCCUCCCCAUCCUACCUUAAUUUUUGCUCUGGGCCUUUGCUCACUGACUGGAUCAUCAUGCUGUGUGGACGGACAAACACCUCCAUCAGACUGUGGACUCGUCAGCGGUCUCGAGUUUCGUCGACGCCUCGUGAUAGUCGUCUGUAGGUCGCUGCUGUCAGAGUCGUUCAGCAGAUUUUUGGGAGCUCUCGUCUGGAGAGAUGGGUGCAAACGCGGCAAAGACCAGAGGGUGGUCCCCGGUGGAGCACCGAGCACCCGGCCGGUCUGCCGGCACUCGAGAGACGCGGACCUCUCCGUGGGUCCACGUCCAGACCUGCUGCACCUCCAGCCAGGACGGAGGAGCGAGCUGGUCGUCUUCGCUCCACCUUUUCUCCGCCAGCUAGCACUGCGUUUCAGAGGAGACUGAAACCCCAACUGACCAGACACAAUGCAGUUUAACAGCUUUUCAAACUGGACAAAGUUGGGCAACAUUUCUCUAACUCAAUAAUUCAAGACGAAUUUUUCUGCCAGCGAGGCCACAUACGGUUGAUGGUGCGCAUCAUCACGUAGGGACUGUUUGUAAUCCUCAAAUUACAUCUGUUCUGUUUUUAAAGACUGACAACUGUAAAGAUCCACUUCAUGAUACACCUCGAAUCUCCCAAUUUAGUGUCCCUGAAGUCCCCAAAGAUGUUUUUUCCAUUAUUCUACACACUAAAUAUUCCCUCUGCUUUCAGGAUAAAACUUCGAGAAUUUGGGAACUCCCUAAAAAUGUUUGCGAUUUAAGCGUACCAUUUCAUGUUGGUCAAGUGACUGAAUUUCUAAAGAAUUUAACACCCCAAAUUUAUAAAUUGAGUGUCCCCAAAGUCCCCAAAGAUGGUUUUUCCCCCAAUUUUCUGCACACUCGAUAUUCCUCCUGCUUCAGACGAAAAAAUUUGAGACUUUGGCAAAAAAUGUUGCAUUUUAACCGUACCAAAGCAGCCGGUGUGCAUUGUUAAAUCUUUCGAAACUCUUGGUAACAAAUGGUUAAAAAUGUUGAUCUGAAGGGAAAUGAAGCUGAUAGAAAUCUGUCCUGACUAGUUUCAAUCGAUUUAGCGUCAAAUAAUAUUUCAUGUUGGUCCAAUCACUGAAUUUCUAAAUAUCUACUCCGGUUACAUGAUACCACCUCAAAUCUCCAAAUUUAGUGUCCCCAAAGAUUAUUAUCUUUUCAAUAUUUUGCACACUGUAUAUUUCUUCUGCUUUCAGGAUAAAAUUUCUAGUCUUUGGGAAUUAAUUUAUUAAUUAAUGAAUUUUUUUACCAUACCAUUUCAUUUUGAUCAAAUGACCAACUUUCUGAAGAUCCACUCCAGUUUUAUGAUACCACCUCAAAUCUCCAAAUUUAGCGUCCCUAAAGUCCCCAAAGAUGAUUUUUUUUUCAAUAUUUUGCGCACAAUAUAUUUCUUCUGCCUUCAAGAUAAAAAUUCUAGUCUUUGGGAAUUACUGAAACAUUUUGUAAUCUAACCGUACCAUAGCGAUGUGUGUGCAUUGUUAAAUCUAUCAGAUCUCUUUGUGGUAGUUAAACAUUUAAAUCUGAAGGGAAGCGAAGCUGCUGGGAGUCUGUGUUGACUAGUUUCCAUUGAUUUAACUUUCAUAUUUCAUGUUGGUCACAUUACUGAAUGUCUCAUGGGUGACGUGCGUUAAUUAUUCCAAAGAUCGAAGCGUUUUCACUGUAAUGCACUGUUUGUAGUUUCAGUAUAGGCAGAGUGCUGCCAAACUCACACUGACAUGAAGAAGAAACACUACACAAGAUUUGGGUUUUUUUGCUGCUUUUCAGACUGUUGACGUAAUAUUAACGGAUGUAAAUCCAGUUAGUGUCGUUAGUGCGGACGGUAAAGCAGCCUGAGCCGGAGCGGGGCCUUGUUCUUCACAUGUGGAUGAGAUGUUUUGACAAACGCCCGAAUCUUCACUUCUCCGAAGCUGUCGCAGCAACAACCCAAAUUUAAGAAAUGUUGCCUUAGAUUUCAGGGGCCGGCAUCAACAAACAAGCUGAGCAUAAAGUCGGCGGUGAUUCUGGAUAUUUGGUGUGUUACAGACAGACUGUGGAGUCCAUGUAGGCAGAUUUGGAAAAUGAGGCAUCAAAAGAAAUGUACAUAAUAUGAAGAUAACGUGAACAAACUACAAUAUAAUUCAAAUAUAGGAAAUCAGGUUGAGGCUGCAUCACGAGGAGGAAAUCUUAUUAAAUGUGUGGUUUUUAAUGUGUAGAGUAAAUAUUUUGCUUUCUCCCAAAAUGUACAAAAGUCAGAUAUGUGGUGCACAUGAAAAGUUAAAAGUAAUGUCAGGCGGUAGACCUCAGCAGUGUGUAAUAUUUCAUACCCUCCUGAAAUUUCACCGGAUUCACCGUAUACUGAACAUGAUGGUAUAAGCAUCCGAUGGCUAAUGCGCUACUAAAUUUCAGCUUUUCGAAACGUAAAAAGAAAAGUAAUAUUUUCCAUAUUAAACAGAGAAAUACAACUGUACACCUUUAUAAUUCAGCCUUUUCUGAGACUGACAAAACCUAAUCGCCUUACUUACUCAACAUGAAACACACUUAAAACUCGACAAAUAAAAUAAAACUCACCCAAA